AUGAUUGAUUCCUCUUUAAAUACGAGUGUUGGACUAAGUUCAUUGUUUUACAAAAAUUCCAGGUAUGUGCAAUUAUGUACAAAACAACCAUCAGUUUUUGAAAUUGAGCCAUUGAAUAUCUCUUCUUCUAUCAUUCUUAUUUCCCCCUUAAUAGCUUCAUAUUUUAAAUUGACACAUCUAUCAAAAAUCUCUGUAUUAUUUAUAAAUAUUCCCAAUACCGUUUUACCUUGGGUAUAUAUUUCUUCACAAAUAUGUGUUGGAUCAUUUUUCCAGCGCAGUGUACCAAUUUUCAAUUCAUUACCCAUUUACAUUAAUUCUAUUCCAGUUGUGUUGACAUCUUCACAACCCGGUUUUAUUUCAAAAACAACACGUUUCAUAGUAGAUACUGGUUAUUCUUUUAAAUCAACUUUCUCGAGUUUAAAACCAUUACUACCUUCAGUAAUUAAAUUAAAUGAUUCUAUUCAUCUUAUUUCAAAAAACAACCUUCAAUUAUUUCAUUAUGCUAUUGAUCAUCAAUUACCAUUAUCUCUUUCAUUGUCUGGAACUGUUUCUUUUUGUCUAGAUGUCUUUUCUAUUCUUUUCAGAUUAUCAAUCUUUCCCUUUCAUUUUAACCUUUACAAUUAUAAUGUAAUAUCAUUAGAAUCAAUAACAUCACCAUUACUUACUAAACAAUUUAUUGAAAUAAAAAAAGAACCUACAAUUGUUAUGUUUAUUAGCACUAAUAAGGCAACAGAUUCUGUUAUUAGUACGACUCAAAGAUUUAUUGAAGAUUGUGAAAGGUUCCAUCUUCCAAUUAUAUCAUUGUUCUAUCCUUCUGUAGAAUUUGUAAUAAAUACUAUCCAAAUCAAAGAAAAUAAACAAAGUCAUACUAUUUUCCACGAAAAGAAAAUUUUUGGAUACAUUGAACAACGAAAGAAAUUAGAAGAAGUAAUUCUUAGUAUGAGCCAUCCAAUUCAACCAUUAAAACCAUCUGGGAUUUUAUUAUAUGGACCAAGUGGGUGUGGAAAAACAACAUUGGUUGAAGAUUUUUGUUAUCAUCAUUCUUGGCUGAGUAUCAAAAUUAUUCGUGGGUCAGAAUUACUAAGUAAAUACGUUGGAGAGUCUGAAAGAAACGUUAGAGAGUUGUUUGAUGAAACAGUAGACCUUAUUGUUUUCGAUGAUUUUGAUUCGUUAGGGCAUCGAAGAGAUGGAGAGAAGACCGAUUCUGUUGUUAAUACAUUGUUAACAAUGUUAGAUGGAGUUGCUGAAAGAAAGACUGCUGUUGUAGCUCUUUCCAAUCGUCCAGAUUUAAUAGACCCAGCAUUGUUGAGAGGAGGAAGGUUAGGUGAUUGGAUCUAUUUAGGAUUACCUUCUGACAGUGAUAAAGAUGAAGUUUUGUCUACUAUGUGUUCAAUGACAUGGAGUAAUUUUUCGUUAAACACCAAGGAUUGGACAAUGGGUGAUAUUGUUUCAUGUUUACAAAAAAUUUCAGGAAUUAUUUUACAAACUCAAGACACAGAAAAAAAAAUUAAUAUUCUCAAAAAGGCAAUUGAAACAUUUAAAGCAUCUGGGCCGAUGAUGGACUUUUCUCCAUUUAAACAAUUCUUAAUUAAUACUUCUUCCGUAGGGAGAGAUAUGGUAUUAAUUUAA